AUGAAUAGUGGUACAGCUACGUUGAUGACUAAUUUAUCUCUGAGAGAACUUAGCAUUCCAGAUCUAUGGCGGAUAGAAACAAUAGGAAUUAAUGAUCCCGCUGAAACAUUGUCUAAAAAGGAAAAAGAAGAGCUAGCCCAUGAUUUAAAUGAAGCAGAAAGAAGGUUGUUUAGCACUACAAGACUGAAGAAGUUAAGUAAAUUUGAAGAUUAUGACCUAGUCUUUAAAGAAUGGCAAAAAGAGAAUGUCAAACAGGAAGUCUCAAAAAAGAAACUAGCAGAAGUAGGAGGCCAUUACUUGUGUCACCAUCCAGUUAUUAAGCCAGAGAGUGUUACUACGUCUAUCAGACCAGUUUUUGACGCCUCGUGCAAAGUUGGAAUAGCACCAUCUCUAAAUGAUUGUCUCUUCAAAGGACCAAACUUGAUAGAAGAAAUUCCCGCUAUAUUAUUGAGAUUCCGAGAAAAGGCUAUUGCUGUUGUAUCCGACAUUAGAAGAGCCUUCCUCCAAAUUGAAGUUAAGGAAGAAGAUCGUCGAUUUUUGCGAUUUUUAUGGUGGGAGAAGGAAAAUAAAAUUAAAGUCUAUCAACACAACAGAGUGUUAUUUGGAGCUACUUGUAGCCCUUUUUUACUCAGCGCAGUUAUAAGAUACCAUUUGAACAAGUAUCCAAAACAACUCAAAACCAGUUACUGA